AUGUCCAUUCACCGGGAGCUCAACGCCGCCUCGCUCAGCGACGCCUGGCGGACCAUCAACAUUGACGCCCUGCAGGAGGACUCGGCGUGCAACUUUGACACCAACACCCUGCGGCCGCCGCAGCCCGAGAUUGGCGAGGACGAGGUCCGGCAGCUCGCGGGCCAGGUGCGGCAAUUGCUCCGCGGCGGGGACGCCGAGGGGGCGUUGAGGGGAUGUUUGGAGUUUCCUGUGUACAAUGGACCUGAUGGCGCCAAGGUGAGAUUUAAGACCCGGGGUUUCCGAUAUCUAGGCAUUCGAAUGCAGCUCGGGAAGUUGCUAAUCGAGUUAUUCCGCGAACAGGAUGCCCACCUCCAGACCAUCACCGAGGUCCUCCAAUCCAUCAAGGCUUCCGAGAUGACGCCCCUCCUCAAGUCCAUCUACGGCGGCGCCGGCGGACCGGAGCUUCUCGACGUGCUGAUGAAGUACAUUUACAAGGGCAUGGCCGGCUCUGCGACCUCUGGAGGACUGAGGUCGCCGCCGCCGCAGGCUGCGCCGAGCGGGUUCAGCCAGAUGGGCGGUCGCCCCGGAGCCACCAACGAGAACGUCGGUAGCGCGAUGAGCGUGUUGCUUAGCUGGCACGAGAAGGUUGUCGACGUGGCUGGGUUGGGAACUAUUGGUCGUGUCAUGACGGAUUGGAGACGGGUUUAA